UUCAAACAGUCGUGAAACGGCCGGUCUGUUGUGAGCAUUGUCUCAUCUUUGUGUGGAUUUAUCUCCACUUUGAAUUAUUUUUUUCCAACGACUCUUUCAAUUUUAAUCGUCUUGAACAAAUAGUGAUAUAUGAGUGAUAAUGGAGGUUGUCAAUGACAAAGACACCCACCAAUUUUCCCAGAUGAAAAAUCUUCCUGAGGGAAUAGGAGAGGCGGAGGACUCAGGAUUUGCGAGUAUUGCUGCUGCAGAACGUCCCCAGAACGAUGACCAGGGGAACCUCGAAGAGCAGGCUCAGAUCAAACGCGAGAAACAACUGGCAGCUCGACGUCUCCGUCAAGAGGCGUACAAUGAGGAAAAACGUCAGAACACGUACAAACGUCUCAUGCAUUUGGUAUCUCGCAGCAAAUUCUACUCCGACUUUCUUGUCAAGAAGUUGAAUCGAGAAGAGGAUCCAGUUCUUCGAAAGCGACCAAAAAGAGUUAAGAAUCCAUCUCGCAGGCAAUUAGAUGACGACGUGGUGGCAUCGCAGAAGGCUAGAACUGACAAGUUGAGGUAUCAGAAUGACCUCAGGAAGAUCGUUUCCACAGAGAUGAAGGAAAAAUUCCUGGACCAGCGCGGAAAAUUCAACUCCAAUCAGGAUGACUUGGAUUUGGGAGUAGAGUCAGUCGAAAACUCGGAGAAAGUCUUCAUCACGCCCAAGUACUUCACCGGAGAGCUACGAGACUACCAGCAGGAGGGGCUCAAGUGGCUGAAGGCUUUGUACGAGAAUGGAAUGUCUGGGAUUCUUGCUGACGAGAUGGGUCUGGGUAAGACAGUUCAAGUUAUAGCGAUGAUUGCCCACUUAAUCGAGAAAAAACAGGGUGGGCCAUACCUGGUACUGGCUCCCCUAUCCACGAUUCCCAACUGGCUACUGGAGUUCGAAAGAUUCGCCCCUAAAAUCCCAGUUGUCUUCUACUACGGUGACAAAGAGGAGAGAUCGAAAUUGGCGAAGAAAAUGAAAGCUGAAGUCAAUAUCGAUGGGUUCAAGACGCAGCCGGUGAUCCUGACAACGUACGAGGUGCCGUUGAAGGAUAAAUUCCAACUGAGGAGACAGCACUGGCGAUAUUUAGUUGUAGAUGAGGGCCAGAGGAUAAAGAACGCUGAGACACGCUUAUCCCUCACUUUGCAGGAAUACAAAUCUAUGAAUCGUCUUCUUUUAACUGGAACUCCUCUCCAAAACGAUAUGCAAGAGCUCUGGUCCCUCCUCCACUUCCUCAUGCCCGACAUCUUCGAUGAUCUAGCGGUCUUCGAGUCCUGGCUAGACUGCGAAGAUUUUCAGAGUGAGGCAGGCACUGAUAGAUUUCUCAAACAAGAGGAGGAGAAACAAGUUCUUCAGUCAUUUCGCGACAUCCUGAAGCCUUUCAUGGUGAGGAGACUGAAGGCCGACGUCUGCCUGGACAUUCCACCGAAGAAAGAAGUACUUGUUUAUGCACCAAUGACCAAACUCCAGCACAAUCUCUACUCGGGGUUAUUGAACUACGACCUUGAGGUCUUUUCCAAGAGGAAAGCUGAUCCUCUAGUGGUUGACGAUGAGUUUGGAAAUAGACCAAAGCGUAAAUGUGCUUACAACAAUAAGUACAGUGGGGUCUAUAAAGAUCCCUAUCGAAUAUUAUCAUCGAGUACAUCGAGCAGUUCAGCUCCUGCUACGAGCGAAUUGCUUCCAGAAAUUUCACAAAUGCCCAAAAAAGUUCAGGAGGAUCUGGAGAUACUGAGGCAGUGUGCUGAUGUGACUCAGGCCAAUUCCUACUAUUUCAUGAGACUAGCCUUUGGAAAUCGUGGUAUGAUGUACAGGAAAAUCAUCGAUCAUCCUUAUUUGAUCCAUUAUCCAUUGGAUAGUGGGCUACCACAGAUCGAUGAGGAGUUGAUAAAAGCCUCUGGCAAGAUGAUGGUGCUUGAUAGGAUGCUGCAGAAGCUUCAUAAGGGUGGACACAGAAUUCUGCUGUUUUCCAUAUCCUGCAUGAUGCUGGAUAUCCUCGAGGACUACCUGAUGAUGAGACCCUGGAAGUACCGGAGGCUGGAUGGAAAUACUGAUAUUGCUGAUAGGAAGGAAUCCAUCCAAAUCUUCAACAGUGAUCCUGAUUAUUUCCUCUUUCUUGUGAGCACGAGGGCUGGGGGCAUUGGACUGAAUCUCACAGGUGCUGACACUGUAAUUCUCUAUGAUAGUGACUGGAAUCCCCAGGCUGACAUUCAAGCGAUGGCCAGGUGUCACCGAAUUGGCCAGACAAAACCUGUGGUUAUCUACAGGCUCUGCACAAAGGGGAGUUACGAUGAGCGGAUUGUGCAAAGGGCUGAAUCCAAAAGGACGCUCGAGAAACUGGUCAUAUCUAAGGAGAUCGAUGAGAUCAAGUUCACCAAGGACGGGCUUAUGAAGCUGAAACAAUUGCUAGAUUCCAGUAAUCACCAGACGGUUGAUUCGGCAGCCGAUGUUUUUACUGAAAAGGAGCUCGAUAAGCUCCUUGACAGGAGCGAUCUUAUUGCUCAGAUGAAAAAGAAGAAGUCUGAGGAAUUCCUUCUUCCUUCGUUCGCUCCAUCUGAUAUUUGUUUAUUUUGGAUUAGUCCUUUAUUGACUGGCGAGGUGCGAAGACUCACAGCUUCGGACCCUUCGAACCUUCGAAUAACCGUUGGCGGAACAGUAAUUAUGGAGUUUCUGACCGGUGAAGGUCAUCAAGAACCUGUAAUAAAAGGUCUUCCUGAAGGAGUUGAGUCGGAGGACUCCGGCGUCGGGAGCAUUGUCAGCAUAGAUACUCCAGAAAAUGAACUCACAAACUUUGAUUAUUCUCCAACAAAUGAAGUACCAAGUCCUGAAGAACAAGCUCACAUCAAUGCCCAAGUGAUUGUCGACAAACGUAAAGACCGGACGGCUGCUCGUCUUCUUCAAGAACAGCAGAACGAGGAAAAACGUCAGAAUACGUACAAUCGUCUCCUUCACUUGGUGUCUCGCAGCAAGUUCUACUCGGAUUUAUUUGCUCAAAAACUCCGACCGGAGGGGAGCACAGAGUCACAGACGAUUGUAGAUUCAGAGAAGAGUCCAAAUCCAGAGGAAUUCGGAUCUCAUGGAAGGUCCAGGAAGCGCAGUGCAGUUGAUACUGGUGACGUGCCAGCAGCAAAGAGAGUCAGAAGUGGGGCAGUUGAAGAAGAAAUAGCUGAAGAGGCAGGAGAAUUGAAUACAACUGCGAGGGGUGAUCUGGAGGAGAAGAAAGUGUUCGUCCCCUUGAAAUACUUUAGAGGAGAUCUUCGCGAUUACCAGCAGGAGGGGCUCCAGUGGCUGAAGGCUCUCUACAAAAACGGAAUGGGGGGAAUUCUUGCUGACGAGAUGGGUUUGGGUAAAACAGUGCAGGCGAUCGCCAUGAUAGCUCAUCUCCUUGAACUGAAACAGCCUGGCCCUUACCUGGUGUUGGCCCCUCUGUCAACGACUCCAAACUGGCUGGCGGAGUUUGAGAGAUUUUCUCCGGAAAUUCCAGUCGUCUUCCUGCAUGGGUCCAGAGACGAGAGGGAGAAAUUGGCGAAAAAAAUGAAACGUCCAGUGAUAGUUGAUGGCUUCACGACACAGCCAGUUGUGCUAACGACAUACGAGGUAGCUGUGAGGGAUAAAGAAUUCCUUAUUAGCCAGACCUGGACGUAUUUGGUCGUUGAUGAGGGCCAGAGGCUAAAGAACUCGAAGUCUCUAUUGUCGCAGAUCAUGCAAGAGAUUAAAUCCACAAAUCGUCUUCUCCUCACUGGUACGCCCCUGCAAAAUGACCUGAAAGAGCUCUGGUCGCUCCUCCACUUCCUGAUGCCCGACAUCUUCGACGAUCUCGCUGUCUUCGAGUCCUGGUUCAAUAGCGACGACUUCCGAAACGAGGAACGCACCAAUCGUUUUCUGAAACAAGAGGAGGACAAGAAAGUUCUCCAAUCGUUUCGUGAGAUACUGAGGCCCUUCAUGCUGAGAAGAUUGAAGUCCGAUGUCUGUCUGGAUAUUCCACCGAAAAAAGAAGUCCUGGUUUACGCACCAAUGAGUCAACUUCAGCAUGACUUAUACUCUGCAUUAUUGAAUCAAGAUCUGGAAAGCCUCGCUGGAGAGACAAUGGAGUCCCUCAUCGUUGACGAUGAGUUUGGCAAUAGACCAAAACGCAAAUGUCUUUACAAUAAUCCGUAUAGUGGAGUCUACAUGGGGUCACCUGGAAGAAACAUCUCGAUGCCAUCGUCUCCAAGAACCCCUCAAGCUCGAAAGGAAUUACCUGAGGGCCGGAACACUCCAGUUCCCCAGAAGAGAUUCCGCGCAAUGAAGAGAUAUGGAAAUGUGACUGAUGAGAACUCCGAGUACUUCUCCAAAAUAUCAAUGAAGGCUCAUAUGAUGACGUACAAAAAAGUCAUCAAUCAUCCAUACAUGAUCCACGAUCCCACAGAGGAAGGAUAUCCCAUUAAUCAGGAUGUGAUAAAGCUCUCUGGAAAGUUCAUGGUGCUGGACAAAAUGCUGAACAAACUCCACAAGGACGGCCAUCGGGUUCUUUUGUUUUCGACCCUGACGAUGCUCCUGGACGUCAUCGAGAAGUACUUGACAUUGAGACCGUGGAAGUACCGGAGACUCGACGGCUCAACCGACGUCGCCGCCAGAAAAGAAUCCAUUGAACUCUUCAAUAAAGAUCCCCAGUACUUUCUCUUCCUCAUCUCCACGAGGGCUGGGGGCGUUGGAUUGAACCUAAUGGGCGCUGACACUGUCAUCAUCUUUGAUAGUGACUUCAAUCCACAGGUGGACAUUCAGGCAAUGGCGAGGUGUCACAGAAUUGGACAGACAAAACCUGUGGUGAUUUACAAACUCUGCACAAAGGGCAGCUACGACGAGGCCAUUGUCAAUCGCGCUCAGGCCAAAAGGAAACUCGAGAUGCUAGUCAUCUCCAAGGAGAUUGAAGAUAUGAAGUUUAAUAGGGAGGGGCUCUUUAAAUUGAAGCAAUUGCUGCAGGCGAGUGAGCACCAGAGUGUCGAUUCAGAGAAGGAUGUCUUCACUGAGGAGGAGUUGAAUAGACUCUUGGACAGAAGUGAUCUUGUUGAACAGAUGGAGCGUUCAGGGGGUUCGGGGGCACAAUCCAUUGAUUGACGAUGGGAUUUGUUGUCGUGGAUAUUGACCAGUGAUCAACGAAAUGAAUUAUCAAUUCACUUUCGGAAGUUAACAGCAUUUUAAUUUUUUAAAUACAGAAAUGAGACCUUCCAGAGGUAAAAAAAUUCUGAAAUCAUGUUUGAGAGAAUUACUGAUUUUAUUUGGUUUUCACAGAGUUUACACUCUUUUUUAAUGACCCGAUUUGAGUGGUUUUAAUAGUUUUUAUUCCAACUUCGUGACCAGUUAAUGAAUAAUAGACUGAUUGAUCGACCACUGACUUCCAAUAUAUUUAUGAUAAUUAAUAAUUUUAUUCAGUUGGAUGAUUAGAUUUAUCUUAAGCUUUUGAGGAGCGAGAGCGUCCGGGUCCUUUGCUAUUAGAUGAAUUUUUAUUUUUGUAUGCUUGAGUCGAUUGCUCUCGAAAUUCUGCCUCCAACUUUGCAUAUGUACCACCUGAAUAAUGAGUUAAAUAAAUGCAUUGUUUGCGAGGAA